GCCAGAAGGGGGGUCUGGUGACUCAGGAGCUGCCGGCCACACUGGCUCUCAGAGGGCUGCUGAACAGGAUGUCCACGGACGACCGGCACCUGGGCUCCAGCUGCGGCUCCUUCAUCAAGACGGAGCCGUCCAGCCCAUCCUCGGGCAUUGAUGCCCUCAGCCACCACAGCCCCAGCGGCUCGUCCGACGCCAGCGGUGGCUUCGGGCUGGCCCUGGGCACCCACGCCAACGGCCUGGACUCACCGCCCAUGUUCGCGGGCACCGGGCUGGGGGGCGCUGCAUGCCGCAAGGGCUACGAGGACUGCGCGGGCGGCCUCAUGGAGGACUCGGCCAUCAAGUGCGAGUAUAUGCUCAACGCCAUCCCCAAGCGCCUGUGCCUGGUGUGCGGGGACAUCGCCUCUGGCUACCACUACGGCGUGGCCUCCUGCGAGGCCUGCAAGGCAUUCUUCAAGAGGACCAUCCAAGGGAACAUCGAGUACAGCUGCCCGGCCACUAACGAGUGCGAGAUCACCAAGCGGAGGCGCAAGUCCUGCCAGGCCUGCCGCUUCAUGAAAUGCCUCAAAGUGGGCAUGCUCAAGGAAGGCGUGCGCCUUGACCGAGUACGCGGAGGCCGCCAGAAAUACAAGCGACGGCUGGACUCGGACAGCAGCCCCUACCUGAGCUUACAGAUUUCCCCACCUGCUAAGAAGCCAUUGACCAAGAUAGUCUCAUACCUACUGGUGGCCGAGCCGGACAAGCUCUAUGCCAUGCCUCCCCCUGGGAUGCCCGAAGGAGACAUCAAGGCCUUGACCACUCUGUGUGACCUGGCAGACCGGGAGCUUGUGGUCAUCAUCGGCUGGGCCAAGCACAUCCCAGGCUUCUCGAACCUCUCACUGGGGGACCAGAUGAGCCUACUGCAGAGCGCCUGGAUGGAGAUCCUCAUCCUGGGCAUCGUGUAUCGCUCGCUGCCCUACGACGACAAGCUGGUGUACGCUGAGGACUACAUCAUGGACGAGGAGCACUCCCGCCUGGCGGGGCUGCUGGAGCUCUACCGCGCCAUCCUGCAGCUCGUCCGCCGCUACAAGAAGCUCAAGGUGGAGAAGGAGGAGUUCGUGACGCUCAAGGCCCUGGCCCUGGCCAACUCCGAUUCCAUGUACAUCGAGGACCUGGAGGCCGUCCAGAAGCUGCAGGACCUGCUGCACGAGGCGCUGCAGGACUACGAGCUGAGCCAGCGCCACGAGGAGCCGCGGAGGACCGGCAAGCUGCUGCUGACGCUGCCCCUGCUGCGACAGACGGCCGCCAAGGCGGUGCAGCACUUCUACAGCGUCAAGCUGCAGGGCAAGGUGCCCAUGCACAAACUCUUCCUGGAGAUGCUGGAGGCCAAGGUCUGACAGCCGGCAGGCGGACCCGCGCCCACC